AUGCCAACAAUUGCCAUUUUACCUAGGAUCUACUGGGCUGUUCGUUCCUACACAUUCUCCAUAUCACGAGCUACAAAGGCACCCGAUGGCUACCAGAAAAGUGUUAUCCUGAUCAAUGGUCAAUUUCCAGGGCCCUUGAUUGAAGCUAACUGGGGAGACACUAUUGAGGUUACUGUUUACAAUGAUAUUAAAGAUACUGCCGAAGGCGUAACUCUUCACUGGCACGGGCAACCGCAGCGCCUUAGCCCUGGAGAAGAUGGUGUUCCAGGAGUCUCUCAAUGUCCAAUCCCUCCAGGAAGCUCUCUGACAUACCGCUUUCGUGCCGAAUACUUUGGAACUGGAUGGUAUCAUUCACACAUGAGCGGUCAGUAUACAGACGGCUUAUACGGUCCGAUGGUGAUAUAUGGACCAACGCAGGUUCCGUAUGAUAUUGACCUUGGCCCGAUUAUGCUAUCGGAUUAUAGCCACACUUCAUACUAUGAUAUACUGAAGUCUGCAUAUCUGUUUCCUCCCGUGUUUCCAACCAUAGACAAUAAUUUGAUAAAUGGAAAAGGAAUUUUCGAGUGCAGCCUUGCCAAUGAAACCAUCUGCACUCCGUGGGCUGGCCUGUCCAAAUUUGCAUUCCAGGCCGGUAAAGUUCACCGUCUCCGGCUCAUCAAUACGGGAGGUGAGGGUUCGCAGAAGUUCAGCAUCGAUGGUCAUAUCUUGAAGGUUAUCGCUAAUGACUACGUGUCGGUCGAGCCUUAUGAAACGGACGUUGUGACUCUUGGUAUUGGCCAACGUACUGAUGUCCUGGUGACCGCAUCGGGAGCUGCAAAUGGAGCGUACUGGAUGCGAUCCGACAUUGACGAGGAUUGCCUCAAUUUAACCUCUGUCAAUAGUCAUGCACUGGCCGCAGUAUAUUAUCCUCACUCCAGCACCAACGCCGUCCCAAACACAACUGCAACAACGUGGUCGAGCAACAACUGUCAGAAUGACCCCCUCAAUCAGACAAUUCCAUACUACCCAACGACUCCGCCUUCACAACCAACAACAACGGCUUAUGUGAACAUCACCGUUGGUCAGAACGCUACUGGCGAAUUUAUCUUUUUCAUAAAUGGGACUUCUUUCGAAGUGGACUAUAAGUGCAUACCCCUUUCCCUUGCGCCCUAUCUCAAAUCUACCUAA